AUGAAUGGGCAGCCAAAUACCUCCGGUGCGACGAGCCUGCCCAGACCUCGCAAGCGCCGUUAUAGUAGCACCUCUCCCAAAGCAAGCCUUCCCGUCGGUACCGCAGCGUCAAACGUUUCCCACAACUCCAACCGUUCAAACACAGGAGAAUCUUCGGACGAUGUCAUCCAACAACGCGUGGAAGUGCUAGACGCACACAUACAGGAAGCAGAACAACUCAACGCUCUUCUGAAGUCAUUGGUGGAUGUAUAUCGCCGAUUGGUCGAUGAAAAUCGCUCGAAGACUCCCAUCUUAGAUGAAAUGCUUCGAUUGAAUGAACUGGUGCUUGAGCUGAUUGAUAAGAUAUCGCAAUUGGCUAAGAAGUUGGCGGACUUAGAAUACCUCUAUGUGAUGGAUCUUUAG